AUGGCAACUGCAGCAACCACUUCCGAACCUAAAUGUUUUAUAUGUACGAAGGACAAAGACAAAGACAACUUAUACACAUGUGAAGGCUGCUCAGAAAAAGUUUGUGUUGCAGAUUUAUCAAAACAUCACCAAGAACAUGUAUUAGAAUUAGAAAAAAUUGUCAUUGAUUGUGAUAUAUUCCAACAAAAUAUAAGUGAGCAAAAACAGGAUCUCAAUCAUUGUCCAUUAAUAAAGCAAGUGAAUGAAUGGGAACGCGAUUCGAUCAUGAAAAGUAAGCAAACAGCAGAAGAUUGUCGACAAAGAUUACUUAAAUCGACAGAUAACAAUAUUGUUGAAAUGCAAAAAACAUUAAAUCAAUUCAUUACUAACUUGAGAAGAAUGCGAGAUGGUGAUGAUUUCAAAGGAAAUUCAUUUAAACAAAUUGAGGUAACCAAACCAGCAUUCAUUCCACUACGUAGCUGUUCAAUCGACAUCUAUCCAAAUGCUCGAUGGAAAAAAAAUGGUCUGACUGUAGCUGGAGGAAAUGGACAAGGCAAUGGAAUCAAUCAACUCUCGAACCCAUUGGGUUUGUAUAUUGAUGAUGAUCAAACUGUCUAUGUCGCUGAUGCAAACAAUCACCGUAUUGUGGAAUGGAAAUUGGGUGCGAUGAGUGGCCAAGUGAUUGACGGUGGAAAUGAAGAAGGAAGUUGGGCUCAUCAAUUGUCUAAGCCAACAGAUGUGAUUUUCGACAAAGAGAGAGAUAGUCUCAUCAUCUGUGAUAGUUUAAAUAAAAGAGUGGUUCGAUGGCCUCGUCGAAAUGGAACAAGUAGAAAAACGAUCAUCUUUGAUAUCUAUUGUCGAGGUUUGACAAUGGACGAGAAUGGAUCUCUUUAUGUCGUUGACUAUGGAAAACAUGAAGUGAGACGAUAUCAAAAAAGAGAAUCUCAAGGAACAGUGGUUGCAGGUGGCAACAGACGUGGAAAUCGUCUCGAUCAACUCUCUGACCCACAAUACGUAUGCGUCGAUCGAGAUCAUUCAGUGCACGUAUCUGAAUGGGGAAAUCAUCGUGUGAUGAAAUGGAUGAAAGGUGCAAAAGAAGGCAUUGUUGUGGCUGGUGGUCAAGGAGAAGGAAAUGGUCUUACACAAUUGUCAUAUCCUGGAGGAGUCGUUGUCGAUCAAUUGGGCACUGUCUAUGUGGCUGAUGAUGGGAAUAAUCGAAUCAUGCGUUGGCCCAAAGGAGCCACACAGGGAAGUGUGAUUGUGGGUGGAAACGGUCGAGGAAAACAAUCGAACCAACUCAAUCAGCCCAUCGGUUUAUCAUUCGAUCGACACGGUAAUCUCUAUGUCGUCGAUUACGGUUACGGAAAUCAUCGAGUACAAAAAUUCAAUAUUGAAUUCAAUGGAUAA